AUGGGUCCAAAUCGAGAAAUUAUGCAAAUUUCCUUUACAAAACCACCCAAAACUCGGCUUCAUUAUUGUGAUUUCAAACCUCGCAAUUUGGUGAAUUUUGUUAUCGUUUCUAACUUCUCUAAGUUUGUGUUGGUUUUCCAGUCGUUGGGGAAUAUCAAUCUUUACCAUUACUUAACGUAAGUUGUUAUAGUUUUAUUUGUAACCUUUUAGGUUCUGGUUCUUUUAGUCUUAUUUUGAAUAUUUUUGUUUUACCUUCUUAGAUGCAAAGUAAAACACCUUGUUUAAGAAAUUUUUUAAAGUUUUUUUAGCAUUUCAAACCGCGAGUAUUUUAAUUUAGUGUUCCAAAUAUUAAUACUAUGCAUUCAGACUCUUUCAUACAAGUUUAUUUACGUAUUGUUACCUAAAAAUAAAAUAUCCUUUAAAAAUUUCGCCAAAAUAAACUUUUCAAAACUUAAAAUACGUUAAAACAUAAUGUUUCAGCCAGAUAACAACGGAAGAAUCCUGUGGGCAGGAUUUGGGGAUAUAA